CAUAUCAAAACAAAAAUAUUAUUACGGAGUUCAGAACUGUCAAUGGAAUUUUUAUUUAAAACUAUAACAUAGUCCAAAAUAUGAACCCCCACGAUCAAGAGGACGUGGAUAGGAAUGUCAAACUUAAAGAAAAAUGGGUUGCAGAAACUUUGAGUCCUGUGGAACCAAUGGUUAUGAGCCUGCAAAGUUUACUAGUUUGGGAAGAUCCCAAGAAAAGUGCACUUUUGUUUACAGCAGUUCAUAUAUCAUUUUGGUUUUUGGCCUAUAUUUCAUCAAAGUUCUAUUUUCUCAUAUCCGUGUCUUUGUUAGUGAUUGUAUUCGUAGAUACCUGGAAGAAAAAAAUAUGGCCCGAAAUUAGAGUUCCACCACCUGUGCCUGAGGAUGAAGAUGACUGGACUCCUGUUCAUACUCGGUUACUUAGUACACCAGAAAUAUCACAUCAUAUCGCUCAAGCUUUGUCCUUUAUUCAAGUAACGCUCAGAAAAUGGAGACUGUUUCGUCGGAAUCAUCCACAAAAAUUUAGUUUUUUCACUUGUUCAUUUUUUACAACAUUGUAUUUGGUGAGUCGCUGUAUAUCAGGAUUAACUUUAUCUUACACAUUAGUGAUGAGUAUAUUACUAUGGCCAUGUGUAGUUUAUCAUGAUUUAUUUAAGAAGGUCUACCUAUACAUGGAACCACUUUUAAUGUGGUUAGAUUAUCAACUUAAACAUCUCAAGAUUGCUAAAGUCGGUGUAAAAGAGGAAGUAAAGGAAGAAGUUGUACCUGUAAGUGAUGAACCAACAGCUACAAUAAGUAAUGAUGUAGAGGAAGAAUUUUAUCCCGACUAUGAUCCUCUUACUACUGCUGCCUUGGCUAAAGCUAUAACAGAUAGUGAAGAUGAAUGUGGUACACCAUCUGUACCAACACCAGGUUUAUCUAAAGAACCAUCUAUUGAUAAUGAUAGUGAUGAUGAACGUGGAGCCAAUUUAGAUGAUUUGAUGCCAAGUAUUGAUCAGAUGCCAUCAUUUGAUGAUUUAGAUAAUACGGACGACGAAUGGAGUCCAGGAUCUCCCAGUGAGAGGACAGGCAACAUCCAUUUCACACCAACACAUUUUGGAGAUUCAGAUUCAGACGACGAGGAUCAGUUCGGUGAUAUGAGCAUCCCGGAUGGAGACGAGAAUUCCAUCACCCACAAACUAGUGAGUCAGACACUUACAAAUAUGAUGGAGAAUGCUCUUCAGGGUCUUAACCCCGAUCAGGGCAGUUCUUCAUUCUCGUCGGGUAUGUUGCCGCAUUCUGGAGCAAAAAUAACCUACACAAAAACAUCCCAGGGUGAAUCUGUCGAUAUCUCUGACCCAGCAGACGACACAAUCAUUGAGGAAGAUGAAGAAGAUGAAAGUACGGAUGCAGAGAAUAUCGAAAAAGAAUUUGAUUUUUUGGAUGAUUAUGAUCAAGAUGAUGCUCCUAAGAAAAAAUGAGCCAAAUAAUUUCUAGAUACAUCUACAAAAAACCUUUUGAGCUUCAUCUUUUUGACAAUCUGAAAUUGGGUAAGCGGUAUGUAUGUAUGUUUAGCUAAACUGUACUAUUUACGCUUAGCAAGUAGGAGUGUUUUAGUUAGAGAAAGUAAGACAAAGCGGUAUUCUAUAUUCUCGUGACUUUACAAAUUGCCUUUGGUCAAGUCUUGAGGAAAAAAAAAUAUCAUUAUUUAGUAAUAGACAGAGCUCUCAUUGGAGAUUAGUCAUUUGUUCACUAGAGCCAGGACACAAAUAUUCUGUGACAAGAAAUGAAUCAUUUUGUAGUUGUUUUUUUUAAUAUCAAUAAACUAGUAUGAUGGCCAAAAUGAUAUUCAUAAUAAUAAUAAUAAUACUUUGUCUUUAAAAUUAAAAUUUAUUACUUCUCUAGUUUUCAACAAAUUUGUUGAUGUAUCGAUGGUUGGGCACCCUGAUUUUGGCUGAACCAGGGAAGUUUUAAAUUUUAUACACAAAAGAGGUUAGUGCUAAUUUUGAAUGCUCAGACUACAAUCAAAUAGAACUGGAUUUUGUAAAAUGAAUUAAUCUCAAGAUUUCAUUAUUAUUGGGUAAAAUCUCAUUGCUAUAAAUUAUUACAUACCUACAUUUCUAUGUAUAUGAUUUUGUAGCAUAUAUUAAUAGAAAGUUGUUAUUUUGUAUACAAUGUUUAUACAUGUAUGCUAUUUUGGUUGUGAGGGCUUUUAUAUUCAUAUAUUACAAUAUAUUUAUAUAUUGAGUAACCAUAUGAUGAUUCACAAUUUUGAAGCUUAAGCGUUGAAGUGUUAUUUGUCAAAAUCUGGCAUUUUUUGACAUGAGUUUGUGUUGAAAUAAACAUUCAUAAUACCCCAAUAUUAUUAUAAUCAGAAAAGAAUAUGAAGACAAAUAUACCAUGAUGUUUUAUUUAUACAUAUGUUUGCUAAUUUUCAAAGUAUCUCGGUUUCAUAUAUCAAUCGUAUCAAUCCUAAAGUUUCCAAUUCUUUGUAAAAGGGGAAUAAAUUCUUGUACAUAUAUAGAAGAGAAAUCCAUGAUUACAUAUACUUGGGUGAACAUAGCUCAGUUAGGCCAUACAAAAAUAGAUACUUAGUUUUUCAUCCAAAAUAAUUCUAGUUUUAAUCUUCAAUAUAAUUUGGAGUCACACUUACAAUCAAAUCAAAACAGAAAUGAAUUGGACAGGGUCUUUUCUGGAAAAGUGCCUCCACUUCAAAAUAUUUGAAAUCGAUCAACCUUAGAUUAGCAAGGGAAUAUUUUCACAGAAUAUGACAACCUAUACCAUUAUCUCUGUUCAUAAAAUCACUUAAAUACCUAAAAAAUGGUAAUUUAUGUGUUUUAAAGUUAAAUUUUGCAAAAUGCGUAAUUUUAUAGCGUUUACGUCAAAUAACUGACAUCUAAAUUAUCCAGCCUGGUCAAUUUCACUGCCAGUCAAUCUGUAACAAGACCUGGUUUACUAAUCAUUUAUAUUGUAUGGCCUUAAAUAUUCCUUUUGUUUUUUGUGAUAUUUAUUAUUUGUACAAUGAAAAAUAAUUAUAGGUACAUGUAAUUUUAAUAUAAAUAUUUAGAUUUCUUUUUUUUAGAAUUUGUAAAUAUAUAUUUUACUUCUUGUGAUUUUUUGGAUUAAGAUUUCUAUCUCAAAUGUUGUAUUUUCACAUACCGGUAAUCAAAUUUUAUGCUGCCUUUGAUAAGAAUGAUUUUUGUGGUGAUUUAUUGUUUGUGUUGACCAAUUAAAUGUCAAUCUUUAAGGCUGAGUUUUCUUUUUAAAAAAACAGAUAAGAGCAUUAUAAUUGAAAACUUGGUCUUAAGAAAAAAAAAUUACAAAACCAUCAAUCAAAGAUUUAUUCAAAAGCAGAGUAAAUGUCUGAUGGAAUUGGAUAUUAUGUAAGUGUGUCUGCUAAUUUCUGUAACCAUCAGUUAUUCUGAGAAUAUAUGUCAGAGAGUUUUUAUAGACAUCUCGUUUUAUCUGCUGCAUGGUAUUUGAUGAUGUUAUGUGUUAUUAUUAAAAGGAUUUUUCUUGGGUGAUAUAAACCUAUAAAAUAGGCCUUUACACAUGUAAACCUUGUGUGCAUAGUAAGCAUUUGUAAAUUUAAGACAAAGUAGGUCCGUCAGGGGUAAAGGUCGUACAGUUUUUGUCUGAUUCACUAUCACAAAUAUUAUAUUUAUAUAUUUUAAUAUAAAACUAACUUCAUUAUUUCUUGUUUGAUUAAGUCAUUGUUACAUAUAUAAUCAAGGUAGUUGCUUUAAGUUUAGUAUUUUUGUUUCAUGUAUUAUUUAAGGUUUUUUUGUAUUCACUUUUAGAAGUAGUUUUUCCUUUCUUUUUUUUAGAAGUACAUUGUAUAUGCAUUUACAAUCUGUGCCAGAGAAAGUGCUCUUCACUACAAUACUGAUGGGGUUUUCUUUAAUCCUGAUUUUUUAAAAAUUAAUUGUAACUUAAAGGAGAAAUUCCAGAUCUAUUUCAGUCAAUAAAAAAUGGUUAAUUCUGUCAAAAAAGCUUUAAAAUCCACUGUUUCUAGUCCCAGACACUUAUCCAAACCUCUUUAAUUGGUUGUGGGAGUUGUAUAUGAGCUUCUUUGACUAGCAAUUACCAAGUGUCUCAAUAGAACCGUCUUUAAUUCAGACAUCUUUUUGAGGGGGUAUUUACUACAAUUUUGCAGAUUAGUGCUCCUUUGCAGCCUCCUUUGUGCUACCGUGUCAAAUAGUUCCAUCCGUGACAUCUCGUUAUGAAAAAUUGGAGGCAAGCACUCUAAAAGUGUUAGGUAAGGUCUAUAAAUAAACUGUUUGCCAAUUGGAUUAAUAUUUUAAGCCGAAACUUGUAGACGAGGUAGAUAGGACAUUUCUUCACAUUUUGUUCAAUGGGUUUUUAAUAUACAAACUUUCUUCUGAGUGAAAACUUGGAUUUCUCCUUUAAAGAGGCAUUAGUGCCUUGGAGGUUUCAAUUAGAUUGUAUGCAAAAUUUGAAACAGAUCUGUCAAUCCAUUGCUGAGAUAAAAGUCUUGAGAUUCAUUAAGAUCAAAUUAUAGCCACAAGUGGUUUUAUAAUGAGUUUUCAUGUAUCUUAUAUACUGCUCUACUCUGGGUCAGUGCUUGGGUCUUGUAUAAAUAGAUGUACACAUGUAUUGAUUUUACAGAUGAGUUGAAGUGGGUUCAGUUUUCACAAAUACUCGUAAAAUCUCUGUUGACCUGUACUUUUAUAAAAAGAUUUCACAGUUAUUUCAAUUUUAUAACGAAGGAUAUUUUAGUAAUGGAUAUUUUCAGUAACUGACAUUUCAAUAGACAUAAUCUCUGUUGACCUGUACUUUAAAAAAAAAAAAGAUUUCACAGUUAUUUCAAUUUUAAAACAAAGGUUAUUUUAGUAAUGGAUAUUUUCAGUAACUGACAUUUCAGUAGACAUAACUGAUAUUUCAGUAAUGGAUAUUUCAUUAACUGUGAUAUUUCUAAAAUUAUUUUUCACAUGAUUAAUAAAAAGUGUUUAAAAUACAUGUAUCUACUUAAAAUGAAAUAUAUGUUAAUAUAUGCCAGUAUCUGGGAUAUAUUCAUGGGUAUAUUUAUAACGCUCCACAGUGAAUAGUUUAAAGAUCCUUUCCUGUGACAAACUUUGUGAUUUGAGGAUAUAUUUGGACUAAAAAUGUUCAGACUAAUUAAUUUGCUUCAAAUCUCUCAAAACUUUGUUUUUGCGGUGAGAUACCUAAGCUAUAAAUAAUCUGUUGUUAGACGCCAUGUCUGUCAACUCAAUCCGUUGAGGGAGGGUCCAUUUUUCAGAAUGUAUUUUCCAUUACUUACUGUAAAUUUUUAAUUAUUUUCUGUCAACUUCUUUUUCCUCUGUUUAAUUGCAGGGUCUGUUAUAUUAGCACACAGUAAGCUGGCAGACAACUGUCGGGUUGCUAGUUAUUGAUACCCUGGCAUUUUUGCUCAGUGCUUGCCCCAUGGGUAUUUUUCGGGUAAUCUAAUCUUUUUCUAGUAAGAUUGGUUGUCUACUACUUUCCAUAUAGCAAAUUUGCCAUACUUUUAUUGGAAAUAACCACCUGAUAAAUAUUUUCGGGACAAUAUAUCUUUAAGAUAUCGGUAUUUUAAUAGGAUAUCUUAACAACAGAAACCCUGAAAUGCACACAUAUCUGGUAUAUACUGCUAGUAUAUAUUACUAUAUAUAUAUAUAUAUAUAUAUAUAUAUACAUUUAUACACAAUAAACUGGAUAUAUUUUAUUAGGCCAUCAAAGCUCUUAUUUCCGUUGGUUGGUUGGUUUUUAUAGUGUCAAUGCAAAUGAAAAAGUUGAUAAUUUUUGUGUGUAUACAUAAUAAUUCCUCUCCUUACAUUUACAGAGAAAUUUUAAUUAUCAGAGACAGAAAAUAUCUUGAACACUUUAGGUACCAGACUAAAAUAAUGCAGGUGUCAAAUUACCAAAAGCCACUUUACUAUGAUGUUAUAACAUUGUGAUAUAUUAAAGCCCUAUAACUAGUAAGCAUGGUUGAUUUAAUACUCAGUUGUCAUUGUAAGACAUAUAACUCAAUGUAUUUGCAUUCGUCUGGUCAUUAUUUCAUUAUUUACUGUUAUAAAUGAAAUAAAAUGAGAUGGGGUUUAACGUCCUACUUUUCUGCAUCAAACAGUGAACUGUGAGGGACAUUUUGUACUUACAGCAGCUUUUCUGCCUACUCUGCUCUUCAUCGAAUUCGAAAUGUCGAGAGUUCUUUUACCUGCAGGGGAGCCACAGUGGCUAAGUGAGUAAGAUGCUGGCUAGCUAGUCUGGAGGUCGCAGGUUCUAUCCCGGUGUUGGCCGAGAAAGUUCAUUAGGAUUUUCAGGUGUGGAUUCCCUUAGUCGGUGGUGCGGGACGGAGGGCCUGACAACGACAGCUGUCUAGUCGUUCUGAUGGGACUAAAAACCAAGGUCCUGUGUACAAAUUGGAGUGCACGUAAAGGAUCCCUUGGCAGUUGGAAUUCGAUAUAAGAGUUGGCCGUAGCGCCACUGUCUGGGCAAAAUUUCCUCAUAACACACUGCAUGGUGUAUGCCCGUCUUCGUUAGCCCAUUCGGAGUAGGACAUUAAACCCCAUUUCAUUUCAUUUUUACAACCAUGCCAUCCGCAUGCACUUGGUACCUUGGUUUUACAUGCUAUCUGAAGACUGUAUGCUGUUCCUUGCCAGACCCUCUGUCCUGAAGUACACUGCAAAAUUCAGCGGAACUUCUUGGAGUGUGCUAGCUCCUUAAUUACUGAGCCACAUUUACAACCACAUGGUAGCAGGUGAUUUGGUAAUUUAUUAUGUCAAAUGUAGUUGUCAAGUUGGUACCUAAUGAGUUAAAACAACUUGUUACACCUAGGGCUCGAUGUAUCAAAUUGGAAUCUCCUAUAUUUUUUAGGAUAAUUUUGAAAAAAUUGUAAAAUAAAUAUUUUAUUUAGUCUUUCAUAAAAAAAAGAUGUUUUUUAAAUAAUAUCAAUUUGUGAUUUGCUAAAAUUGAAAUGUAUAUCUUAUGACCUUCACUUUGGGGGUCGACCGAUUAUACAUAUACAAAGAUGUGUUCGGCGCCAUGUAUAUUAUUUUUGUGAUUGAGUUGCUUUAUGGCUUUAAUUUAAAGGGGUGUUAAUUUGUAUUACGCAGACUUUUAACUUUUUCUAAGUAGAAUGUUAAUAUAUUUAUCAUUUUUGUUUCACAAUACUUCAUUCAUUGUUUGUCCUUGGAAGCUAACUAACCCAAUCUGAUUAAAACACAGAUCCUAUUUCGUUUCGUUUUUAUAGUUCAAAAUUUCGUUUUACUUGUCUUUACUACACUAGGAUCUGGAAGAGUUGUUAUCAUUGGCGUAUUCUGAAUGGUGUGAGGUAUUAGCCAAUGAAACGGUCUGUUAUGAUGAGCUUUAGGCGUGUUUUGCUAAUUGGUUAAUCAAUUGUCUGAUGUCAUAGGGUCAAAAGCCACUCGUAUGACCUCUAAUGCGACCUAUCGCGACAACUGGUCAGAUCUUCGUGUAGUGUAGGCCAUCGAAAGUAUAAAAAACCGAAAUAUAGAUCUGUAUUUUAAUCAGAUUGUUAACUAACCCUAGAGGGAAUUCAUUGUGUUAUUUAAAGAUGUAUUCCGUUGAUGAACAAUAUUGGACCACAGAACUUAUUUAUAUCUGAAAAUUAGGACUGAGAGAGAUAGAGGGGGGGGGGGAGUAAUUAUGGAAUGAAAUUACUUUUUACUGUUAGAAAUGAAAUGGGGUUGUUUAAGUCCUUCUUUUCUGAACCGCCUGGGCUUAUGAAGACGGCCUUACACCCUACAAUGUGCUAUGAGGUACAUUUGCCUGGACAGCGGUGCUAUGGCCUACUCUUAUUUUGAGUUCCAACUGUCAAGGGUUCUUUUAUGUGCUUGCCAAUGUGUAAACAGGCCCUUGUUUUUUUUAAGCCCAACCGAAUGACUGGUCACUGUACUUGCCAGACCCCUAUACGCCUGUUCUGCAUAAGUAACAAGGGGAAACCGCACCGGAUAAUCCCGGGGAACUUUUUCGGUCAAUACCGGGAGCUAACCCAAGACCUCCUGGUUAGUAGUCCAGAAUCUUACUCUCUGAACCACUCCCUUUCACAGUAUGUAAUUCAAAUCCACAAUGGAUUAAAGAAGAAAGGAAGUCAAUAGAUAUGUAAUUAGGAUCAUGGCUCUUUAUAGGAAUAUAUGUUUGAAUUGUUUACUAUAAAUAAUACAGAGUAUGUGUAUUGUUACAGAUAUAUUCACUUUUAUUACCAUCUUUUAUUAUAAUAAAUUAUGUAAACAGUCAGGUAAUAAAUAUCAAUCAUUUUAUAAA